AUGGACGAAGCACUGAAUGAUAUCGCUGUUUCCCUGUCACUUCUAGCAGUAUUGGUGUGUCGGCAUGGACCAGAACUAUUCAGAAGCCAGGCCAAGCUUCUUUCCCAUGUGUUCCUGCUUGGUGCCACCGCUACAGCUGCCUUGGAAAGAGGAAUACGUGAGGACAUUGUGAGGAAACAAGAAGACGUGAAAAACAUUACCCAGUCAGUGUACCUCAAGUUUCUAGAAAGCAACAACCGGAAGAGGAAGGCCCAUGCAGCCGAAGCAGAAGCUCUGCGUGCACCUGUUCGAGAUGACAUUCAGGCAGCCAUGUAG